AUGCCUGUGACAGUCAAGGAUUUGGAACGGGCCAUUCGAGCUGCAUUCCCCGUGUCCCAUCUCAAUAUCGAAGAUCAAUCGAGUGGGUGUGGGUCCAGCUAUGCAAUUCUCCUGGUUAGUGAGGCCUUCGAGGGAAAGAGUACUCUUGCAAGGCAUAGAUUAAUCAACCAGGCAUUGAAGGAAGAAAUAUCACAACUGCACGCGUUUUCUCAGGUGGGCUUGGGAACUUAUUCGUGUUGGAACGCUACUUUGGUUGAUCGACCUUCUUUACAGAAAUCCUUCACUCCAGCGCAAUACGCUGUGCAUCAAGCGAAAAGUGGUUGA